UUGCCCUGCCACAACAAACUAAAAGUCUUGUCUCCUUUUCUUCAGUGAGAACGGAUCAGCCUCACUCAAGGGAAGUUUCUGAGAUGGAAGCAGCUCACAUCAGUCCAGAGCUUCCUGUUCGAUGGGUUGUUUCUGCAGACAGGACUGUUGAGAUCAAGGAGGAAGUGACUGAGCUGGGGUGUGACCAGGCCAAUGAGCGGAUCCUGCAGGAGGAAACGCCACCUUCUAGCUUCACUGAGAGAGGUACAGAUAUAAAGCUUUCUGAACUGGAACCUGUCCCCAUUAAAGAGGAGAGUCCUGUACUUGAACCUGUCCCUGUUAAACCAGAAGCAGUCAAGCGUGAGGCUUUAUUAAAUGAAGGAGAGACAUCUCAUGACUUGUAUACUAAUGGAGAGGAUGGGGCUGAGCUGGGUUCCAUUCAGAGGAAACAUCACAUCUCCCAGCUGGAGGCUAUCCAGAUGCAUCCUUCAUCACAACAGCAACCACCCUGUGUGACAGCAAGGUUAAAAAAAAGACACCAGCAAACUCACCGAGCAGAGAAAUCACACCACUGUAACGAAUGUGAGAAGAGCUUCAGUGGAUUAGGAAAACUUAAAGUACACCAGCGAACUCACACAGGAGAGAAACCUCACCACUGCACUGAAUGUGGAAAGAGCUUCACUCAGUUAGGAAACCUUAAACAACACCAGCGAGUUCACACAGGAGAGAAACCACACCAGUGUAAUGAAUGUGGGAAGAGGUUCUCUCAAUUAGUAACCCUUCAACAACACCAGCGAAUUCACACAGGAGAGAAGCCACACCAGUGUAAUGAAUGUGGGAAAAGCUUCACUCGAUUAGACAGACUUAAAUCACACCAGCUAAUUCACACAGUAGUGAAACACUACCUACUGUGCUGAAUAUGGGCAAAGGUUUAAUCUAAAGGCACGCCUUAAAAACCACCAGGAGAUUCCUGAUUUCAUUUCAUUCAGGAUGUAGAAAUACUGUUUAAUGAGACAUAAGAAAGUUUACAAACAAGAGGAGGCCAAUCAGCCCAUCUUGCUCGUUUGUUUGUUAGUAGCUUAUUGAGACCAUAAUAUAAUGUACAGAAAUUAUAUAAACUAGUUUUUGAGAAGUGGAAAUUGAAGACAAAGAACAAAGCAUACCAUCUCAGUAUGCUUUGUUUAAAACAUGAAGGUCUCAGCAAGAGAUCUUCAUGUUUUAAACAAAGCAUACUGAGAUGGUAUCUGAAUAUGCUGGUGCUUAAAUUCAGACCCUUGUUACAGCCUGUAAAAGGGGGUGGUGGGUAUCCACUGACAGAUGAGAGACGCAGGAAUUGACUUUGCAACACCACACAGUUUCUGAUCAACUAACCCCUCUUCAUUCAUUACAAAAUGAUUUCACUAAAGCAAUGCCACCAGCUUAUUCAGCUCUACUAAAUACAGAUAAAGCACAAAUGCAUCACCCCCAAAUGCUUGCUAUCCUGGACAGAGUACUCUUUGUAAUUCCUCCUUUCUUUGAGUAAAUAAUAUUAAACAUCCUACAGUAGUUUUUAUUUAUGGUGUUGAUAUCCUUAUACUAGCUUUUUAAAAGUUGCAAAAAACAAAAAAAAUCAAUUGUGUGCAAUUAUUUAAUGGUACAUAUGCACAAACCACCAGAAACUACCAGUUGCCUUUAUCAAGUCAGUGUUUACCUAAUACUGUUACCUAAGAAUAAUGAAGUUCUUAGGUAAACCUUGUAAAUAAAGUAUCUUUUUAGAACAGAAACAUAGUGUGCAAACAUCUUAAAGUGAUUAAUGAUAUAUCGAUAGCCUUCGAUGCUGGUACAUGUGUUGGUGCUCUCCUCUUGGAUUUGAACAAAGCAUUUGAUUCCGAAGACCAUUUAAUAUUGAGUAAAACAACUACUCCAACUGGGAUUAAGCAAUAGAGCAGUGGAUUGGUUUAAGAACUGUUUAACAGAUCGGACACAAGAUAUUAAAGCUGAUGGUAUUACUUCCAAUUCUGAACCUCUGAUUAUGGGGGUACCUCAGGGUUCUGUCCUUGGCUCAGUCCUUUAUACUCUCUAUGUCUAAUGAUCUAGAAACUAACUUGGAUGAUACUAACACUAACAUGCAUCUCUGUGCUGAUGAUUCUAGUCUAUAUUCGGCAGGACACUCCAUACUGGAGGUCAAAAGGGAUCUGCAGACUGCAUUUGACGUCUUACAGAAAAAAAAUCUCAUGAUAGAUUGUUACUUAAUGUAUCUAAGACGCAAGCUAUGUUAUUCUGUUCUAAUAGAAAGCAGCAUACAAAUCCAUCUUGGACUGUUGUUACUUAGACAUAUGGAUUAAUGAGCAUCUGACAUCUAAUCAUCAUAUUGACAAACUGAUUUGAAAAGGUAAGACUUAAAUUAGACUUCCUUUUUAGAAAUGGGAAGAUCUUUUCUCAGUCUUGCAGAUCAAAAUUGGUGACUACUACUAUUCUCCCUGUCCUUGAUCAUGGUGUACAUCUAGUAAAUGUAAUCACCUAUCGGCCACGGUGAACCGUGGAUUCCCCUGUCGACCCAAGUCCUCCCUACUCUGCCAAUUGUGCGCCGCCCUCUAGGAACCCCUGGUCACGGUCGGCAGUGACAUAGCCUGGAUUCAAACCAGCGAUCUCCAGGCUAUAGGGCGCAUCCUGCACUCCACGGGUAGCGCCUUUACUGGAUGUGCCACUUGGGAGCCCCUUAAUAAUUGUUUUGAUAUAUAGUGUGGCAGAGGUCCUGCACACUAUGAAAUGUGUGUUUUGUGGUUGCCUAUGCACAGCCACAGGUGAAUGUAAUUGUUAAAUUGGUAUGGUGCGAUUGUUUUAUUGAAAGGUGUGGAAUGAUUGGUUGCCAAUUACCACUGGUCACACCCUAUAAAAGAACAAAGGAGUGAAUGUUGAGAGAGAGAGAGAAAAGUGCACAAUUAAAACGGUGCCAAGGCGCUUAGCUGCAGUUACUGUGUCUUGGUCGCUAUUUCUGAACACAAGCCUUAACACAAUAUGUGGGCAUUUUGAUUGCAGAUAUGGUUGUUUAAGUCAAGUAAAAACUAAACUAAAUAAUCUAUUUUGGAUUUUGUUUGUUGAAAUCUAAAAUUACGUUUAAAUUUCAGGGCAGUAGUGUGGAGUAGUGGUCAGGGCUCUGGACUCUUGACCGGAGGGUCGUGGGUUCAAUCCCAGGUGGGGGACACUGCUGCUGUACCCUUGAGCAAGGUACUUUACCUAGAUUGCUCCAGUAAAAACCCAGCUGUAUAAAUGGGGAAUUGUAUGUAAAAAUAAUGUGAUAUCUGAAUAAUGUAUAAUGUGAUAUCUUGUAACAAUUGUAAGUCGCCCUGGAUAAGGGCAUCUGCUAAGAAAUAAAUAACUAGUGU